CUGGACGGUAAAGGUUAGAGGCCCGCGUCGUCCGAAAGUCCUUCUCUCUGUCCUCCCGGACCCAGGCAACGUCCCUUUGAGACAGCGCCUUUUGUAUAUCGUCCGCCCUGCAACGCGGACGACAACAUAUAAACGUAUGACCGGCAACACCGGCGACACAAUGAGAGGAUCGCUGCUCGUUGCCGUGCUCGUGGCAGUGGUGGUACACCUGCCUCUAGCGUCAGCCUGGUACCUCCCUGGAUCCGCUCCUCGGUCAUACAAGCGAGCCGAUGUGGUGCCUUUCAGCGUCAACGCCCUGCAGCCGAUGCCUGCGUCCCGGGGCAAUCCUUAUUCACAACUGCCGCCACCAGCGGGAGCGGGGACAGGGUCCAAUUCAGCCAUCAAGUCGAUUAUCAACAUCGACUACUACCAUCCAAAGUUGCACUUUUGCCAGCCGCACGGUGGACCUCACUCCAAGGCAGAGAGCUUGGGAAGCGUUCUGUUUGGCGAUCGCAUCUACGAUUCACCCAUCCAGGCUCACCUGCUGAAGAACGAGUCGUGCGUCCAUGUGUGCACAGAGGCUGUUCCUUCCGAGGACAUGACCUUCAUCAACGAUCGAAUCACGGAGCAAUAUGCUGUCAACUGGAUGGUCGAUGGUCUUCCCGUGGCUACCAAGAAGAUCGCUGAUCGAACCAAGGAAAUCUUCUAUUCGAUUGGCUUCCCUCUGGGGCAGCUUUACAACGAUCACAACCUCCCCUAUGACCCGCCGGCGCUCAACAACCAUCACGACAUCUACAUCGAAUAUCAUCAGCGAGGCCCCAACGAGUACCGUAUCGUUGGUGCUACCGUGUACCCCCGCUCGAUCGACAGCCUUGCCGAUGGGCGAACGCAGCCAGUCUGUGACGAGGUAAAACCGUUGCAGCUCUACCCCAAGACGGUGGCAGGCCAAUCUACGUCCGAGAGGCAUGUUGCCUACACCAUCAACACCUAUUGGAUUCCGAGCGACACGCCGUGGGCGACGAGGUGGGACAAUUACCUGCGCGUUUUCGACCCGAGAAUUCAUUGGUUCGCCCUCGUCAAUUCCAUCAUCAUUGUCUCCUUUCUCAUCGUCAUGGUGGCCAUGAUUCUUAUGCGGUCUGUCUCUCGCGACAUCUCCCGCUACAAUGCCAUCGACCUGGACGAGGACGUGCAGGAAGAGUAUGGCUGGAAGCUCGUCCAUGCCGAUGUCAACCGCUCACCCCCGCGGCCCAUGCUUCUUGCUUCGAUGGUGGGCACCGGCUGCCAGCUGAUCGCAAUGUCGCUCGUCACCCUCGUCUUUGCCCUUCUGGGCUUCCUUUCCCCGAGCAAUCGGGGCAGCUUGGGCACAGUGAUGAUCGUCACCUGGUGUCUUUUUGGAUCCAUUGCCGGCUUCUUCUCGUCCCGCGUCUACAUCUCGCUGGGAGGCGAAUCGUGGCAACGCCUGACAUUUAUGACAGCUGUCCUCUUUCCCGCCGUCAUCUUCUCGUCGAUACUCUCCAUCAAUUUCUUCCUCGUCACCUCCAACGCCUCUGGUGCUGUUCCCUUCGGUACCCUCUUGGCGCUCGUUGCCCUGUGGUUCUGCAUCAACAUGCCCCUUGUCCUCAUCGGGAGCAUCGUCGGCAUUCGCACUGGUGGGUGGCAAGCUCCAACAAAGGUGAAUGCCAUCCCGCGCCAGAUUCCUCCCACAGUCUGGUAUUUGCGUCCCUGGACGAGCGCAAUCAUGGCUGGUGUUUUACCGUUUGGGGCGGCGUUCCUUGAACUCUUCUUUGUCAUGAAUAGCCUCUUUGGCACAAAAGUCUACUAUGCUUUCGGAUUCCUCACUCUCACUUUCAUCGUCACCGCUCUGACAACAGCGACAGUCACGGUCCUCUAUACUUACUUCAGCCUUUGCGCUGAAGACUACCGGUGGCACUGGCGGGCAUUUGUCACUGGAGGUGGAUCGGCUUUCUGGCUCUUCCUUUACGGCCUCUUUUACUGGGCCACCAGGCUUGACCUCGACGGUUUCAGCAACCGGAUCCUGUAUCUGGGAUAUCUCAGCCUGCUGUCGGUCUUGGAUUUCCUCCUCUUUGGCACCAUUGGGUGGGGCGCCAGCUACAUUGCCAUUCGAGCGAUGUACAAGAGUGUUCGCGUGGAUUGA